GUUACUUAUGUGUAGCUUCAAGAUGGCGGAUGCGGUGUUUUGAGGAAAGGACACUGACUGUUUAAACAAUUUCCAAUCGUUUAGAAAAUAGAAUAUUGAAUAUUUACAGUGAAUGUUAGUGCGUUUAGGUAUUUUUUGUUUUUGCCGGGGUAAAAGUAGUUGCAAGUAGAAAUUGCAAACAUGAAAGGCAAGGAACGGUCGCCUGUGAAAAAACGCUCACGGGCCGUGGAUGACAUUCGAGACAGGGGAGGAAGCCACCCGACCAGCAAGAAAAUGGGGGCUCUUUCGGUGUCUGGUGGCAGCAACAACGGGAACAGCUCGACCAAAAGCGACGGUGGCUCGGCUAGGAGGAGUUUAUUGGCAGAAAAACGUGAAAGUCGGGACUUCGAUGGUCAUGUUUCCAGUCGUACUGGGAGUAACCACGGCUACAGCAACGUUGCUGCCAGCUCGAGCAGCAAGAACCACACGAACCUUACACUCGAGCUGGCCACUACCAGGACCAAUGCGCGCGUGGAACAGCGGCCUUCGCUCCCGAGUACCGAAAGUGAGUACAAGACUCUUAAAAUUAGUGAGUUGGGCUCACAGUUGAGCGACGAGGAAAUAGAAGAUGGACUUUUUCACGAAUUCAAAAAAUUCGGAGACGUGAGUGUUAAAAUAAGCCGGAUUGGCGACGAGAGGGUGGCGUUCGUGAACUUUAGGCGGCCGGAAGAUGCCAGGGCGGCAAAACACGCCCGGGGGAGAUUGGUGCUUUAUGACCGACCUUUAAAAAUUGAAGCCGUAUACAUGAAUAGGCGGAGGAGUCGUUCUCCCAUUGAAAAGGACACUUAUGCAACAGUGGCAGGACACAGGCAUUUGCAUACCCAACGACCUUUGUCGCCGACUGGCCUGGGAUACAGAGACUACAGGCUGCAGCAGUUAGCCUUGGGUCGCCUUCCCCCACCCCCACCGCCACCCUUACCCAGAGACCUGGAGAGGGAAAGGGAAUAUGCUUUUUAUGAGGCGAGGGCACGCCCUGCUUACAUUGCAGAGCGUGCUGCUUUUCGUGAAGAGGACCUCAUCUCCCCGGAAGAUGAUCAGAGAGCCAACAGGACACUGUUCCUGGGCAAUCUGGAUAUCACAGUCACUGAGAAUGACCUGCGGAGGGCAUUUGACAGAUUUGGCGUGAUCACGGAGGUGGACAUCAAGCGACCCAGCCGGGGGCAGACCAGCACUUACGGAUUUCUUAAGUUCGAGAACCUGGACAUGGCGCACAGGGCCAAGAUCAGCAUGUCCGGCAAAGUGGUCUGCCGCAACCCUAUCAAGAUUGGCUACGGCAAAGCCACGCCCACCACCCGCCUGUGGGUGGGGGGUCUGGGCCCCUGGGUCCCCCUCGCCGCACUGGCCAGAGAGUUUGACCGGUUUGGCACCAUCAGGACUAUUGAUUACAGGAAAGGAGACACCUGGGCCUACAUCCAGUAUGAAAGCCUGGAUGCCGCUCAGGCGGCGUGCACCCACAUGAGAGGCUUCCCCCUGGGGGGCCCCGAGCGCCGGCUCAGGGUGGACUUCGCCGACACGGAGCACCGCUACCAGCAGCAGUACCUGCAGCCUCUGCCGCUGCCCCACUACGACCUCGUCGCGGAAUCCUUCGUCCACCGCGCCGCCCCUGACGUGCUGAGGGUCAGAGAGAGGACUCCGCCCCCUCUGCACUUCCGGGAGAGAGAGCUGUACCCCACCGCCGAGUGGGCGGCGCCGGCGGUCCGGGAGCGGGUGCGGGCCGUGGCGGCAGCGGCGGCGGCGGCUGCCUUCGAGCCGCUGGAGCACCUGGAGCGCGAACGGCGGCCGCGGGAGGCCUGGUCCCUGGAGAGGGAGCGCGAGCUGCAGAACCGCGACCAGACCCGCAAGCGGCGGCUGCUGGAGGACAGCCGGCACCUGGAGCGCUCGCCCGACAGCAGCGAGCGCGGCCGCCGCCGCCACUGCCCCUCCCUGGAGCGCAGCCCCGGGGGCAGCAGCAGAGACGGGGGCCGCUACAGCGACUCGGAGCGACCCCUGCGCCCGGAGAGGCCCUCCCCGGCCCGGGAGCGCCACUCCAGCUUGGACCGGGCGCCCGCCGAGAAGAGGAUGAAGGCUCUCGGCGUGGCGGAGGCGGCGGCGGCGGCUGGGCUCGGCGGGGCGGCCAACGUGGAGCGGGAGCGCAAGCGCAAGGUCAGCGAGACGUGCAAGAGCCCCGCCAAGAAGGAGGAGCGCUUCGACCCGGGCUCCUCCAAGGCGGCGCAGCUGGCCAAGCAGGACGGCCAGGGGCAGAAGCUCAGCCUGGCCUGGCAAGGCAUGCUGCUCCUGAAGAACAGCAACUUCCCCUCCAACAUGCACCUCCUGGAGGGCGACCUGGGCGUGGCGACCGGCCUGCUGAUCGACGGCUCCACGGGCGGCAAGGUGGCCCAGCUGAAGAUCACCCAGCGCCUGCGCCUGGACCAGCCCAAGCUCGACGAGGUGACGCGGCGCAUCAAGGUGGCGGGCCCCAGCGGCUACUCCGUCCUCCUGGCCGUGCCGGGCAGCUCCGAGGGGGGGUCGUCGGCGUCGGACCAGGCGGCCUCCACCCAGCGGCCGCUGAGGAACCUGGUCUCCUACCUAAAGCAGAAGCAGGCGGCGGGAGUCAUCAGCCUGCCCGUGGGCGGCAGCCGCGACAAAGACAACGCUGGAGUCCUCCACGCCUUCCCCCCCUGUGAUUUCUCCCAGCAGUUCUUGGAUUCCUCCGCAAAGGCCCUCGCCAAAACAGAAGAGGACUACCUGGUCAUGAUCAUCGUCCGAGGAGCGUCGUAAAAUGUAAAGGAAAAAAAAAAAAGGAGAAAAAAAAACAUCAACAAGAAAAAAAAAAUGUAUUAUAAUUUAUCAGCAACAUUGCAUGUGCUCUUUUUUGCAUUAUGGGAUAUAGCAAUCGUAAAUGUCCAAGUUUUUUUUUUCCUCCCUUUUUUUCCCCCCAAAAUGGAGUUCCAAACAGAAAGGAAUGUAGUGUAGCUAUUUUGGCAUUCUCUUGUAAAAUGGUUCAGAUUUGUCAUUGUGAUUUGGUUGUACACUCACAUUAUGGUCAGAUUUUCUGGUUUAAGGAAGGCAUUACUAAACUAUGUAAUUUUAAUCCAUACGUGAUUAAAUUACUCUUCUAGACAAGCUAACUGUCAAUUUAGAAUUUGGGUCUUGGAAAGUCUGCUUUCUCAUCCAUGAAUUCAGAUUCACCCGUAAUGCAUAUUUUUUAAAUGGAAUAUUAAGUUUGCAGCAGUUAUGUGUUAAAAUCUUUUUUUAAAGUCUAUCUUGAGUUGCGACUGGUCUGAGAUUCAUUAUCCCAUAAUGCAUAAGGUUUUCUGUUAUGUGGAUGUGAUUCUAUUUUUGGAAACACAACCAAGUCUACUGUGAUGUGUGUGUUUAUGCAACUGACAGUUGGUAUUAUACUGCCUCCGCUCCGCUUAAUCAGCAUAUAGACCUAAUUUUCUUUCCCAGUUGAUCAAAGCGUAACAGAAAAGUUCAGCUGUAAUUUGCAGUCAACAGGAUUUUAUCACAUUUUCCAUCCUUUUGCUGGAUGAAGCAUAGCCUAAGCUAUUUGUACAGACACAAGGCUACGCUAAACAUUGCUGUAGAAUUAGAGUAGUUUUUAAUCACCUUAAAAACGAAAAGUACUUUUCGCCCCUCUGAAAAAAACAACCGUUACUUUUUAACUCUGGAGGCCGAAGUCCUGAUUAAAACCCGUAGCGUGUGACAAGACUUUAAUUGAGAAUAUAUUUGAUUUAGGCUAGGUGCUAAAUCAAGUGGACAAAUUUAAUUUGGAUUUGAAAAUGUACGUAAAUAUAAAGAGAUUAUUUUUAAUUGUAGGUUAUUUCAAAUUAUUUUGUUAUUGGUUUUUGUUUUUUUUUGUGAAACAUUUAAUCAGAAACGGAAGUGAAAACUGGCUCCAUCACCUCUGCUUUAUCAGAACUGGAUCAAAGUGCUUGUGUGUGGUGUUACUGCAGUUUUGUUCACUAAGGAUAAUGUCAGCCAUUGUCACCAGUUGUCAGGAAGCAUACAGAAAAUAUGGUAUGCAUAGAGGCUGGGAAGUCUAUCGGGGCAUACAAUACUUUGUAUCCCAUGAUGGACAGUCUAAACAGGAGUACCUCUGCAGUUCAGAGGAUUUUUAAUCAAACGUUAAAUGCUCUUAAUAGUACCUGCUUGAUUUAAUAGUACCUGCUUGAUUUAGUUUUCACAGCAAUGGCUCUAUUAACAGGUUUCUUACACUUUCAGUAACCCGCUUUAUGGUUCAGAAUCCAACAAGCAUGUUUUUUCCCCCUUCUCAGUUCUGUCAGUUAUUUAUUUUUGGGCUUGGCACCAGUAAAUGCCCGAGAUCAAUGUUGAAGGUCAGUAAGGUUGCAUCUGCAAUAACAGAAGUGCUUGAACAUGUCAAAACAGAAAGCUCACUAAACAAAAUCUUAGAUUGUUUGUGACGUUUUGUAGUGGCCCUGUGCUGAAUGAUAAUGAAGGUACUUAGGCUAUAUGAAAUGCCCAAGAAUUAAAUAAUUCUGUGCUUCAAGUUUUUUUUUUUUUAACUGAAAGAGUGAGAAAUGUUGGUUGGCGUUUGCUCACGGUUUAGUCAAAUUCUCAACCACAUCGACUGGGGUAAAGUCUUCAGUUGGCUCACCACUUAAAAAAUGCAAGAAGGAAUAAGUACAAAUAAUAUUCAGACAGGAAUAUGGCCCUUUAUUUUGACAGAUGGUCUGUUAUAGUCCCAUACCCAUUUGAGCCUGUGAGACUAUCAUGGUCUUUAAUGGAGCUUGUGUAAUAUUAGACGAACUGAGAUCUGGUUGUAAUUCAUAACCGCUAUUGGUACAUAAUCUAUUAAUAGCCAUUGAGUACAGGGAUAUCUCUAGCAGGAAGCCCUUUGAAAUAUUGGGUUACAGAUAUCAGUAUUGUUCUGUAAUGGUUGAAUUGCCUACCAGAAAUACUAUCCUUCAAGAAGUGCGCAAUCACUGUUUGGUCUAAUGUUCAUUUUUUAAGUCCCAAUUUCCAGAUUGCUUGUAACCCCACAAAAUGCCCCAAUGGGGUAUAUGAGAGUUUGGUGAAAUAUUUGCAUUUGAGUCCUUUUUUGAGUAAAUUCUCUCGUUAUGGUUAUUGACAUUUCUCAACAAAACCAGAUGUGCAUUUUGAUUACUCUUGUGAAACUGUUGCCGGUGGCAGCACAUUAAUGUUAUCUAAUAUUAAAGGGCCUUAUUUUGAAGUUCACUCAAAAGAAACUGUUGGUUUUUAACUUCACUAUGCACCUAUACCUUUGUUUUUUUUUUUAGAUAACAUGUUUAUUUCUUCAGAACAGAUGCUUCUGGAACGAGUUUGUACUGUAUGUUUUAUUUUCAUUGUGUUUUAAGCCUGCCACGUAACAUUUGACCCGGACAAUUGAGAUAUGGGCUUCGUGUUUGGUGCAUGUUAAUUGAUAAUGUGUUUCAAAUCAAUUUUAGAUUUUAUGCCAGGUUGCAUUUUUUUGAUGGAUAAUGUUUGGAAUGCCCUAGAUAAUGUAAAAUAGCAUACUUAGCAACUUGUUGGUGCCAUUGCCCCCUUUUCAAUUUUAGGUUAAUUUUGAAAAGACUUCUAAUCAUACAUGGAUAUUGUAAUUUAAAAAAAAAAAAAAGAAAAAAGGACUGUUGUCAGAUUUCUAUGUUAGGUGCAAUCAAAUGUUGUUUAAAACAUCUGUAUUCUUUCUCUGACAUGUUCUUCAGCUCCAAGCAAGCCACACAGGACUGGAUAACAAAUUCAACCUGACAGAUGGACUUUCUGUGCCUGGGAACAACCAAAAAAAAAAAAGCUUGUGUAAAGUCAUACGGGAGCCUUUCUGAUGAGGCAAUGGAGAAAGCUUUCCGUAUAGUAUUUGUGCAUUUUCACUAAGAGAGCAGCUUAGAAGUUGUGUAACUGCAUUUGUGAUGCCAGUUUCCCGUGUUUUAAGUGGAAAAAAAUGACCUUUUGCUUUGUGCUGUGUACACCUGAUUUCUGGGAAAAAAAAUAUUUGAGGAAACACGUCUGUGCACCUAUGCAGCUAAGAAGUAGCUGUUCACACAAAAAAAGUGCACACGCACUUAAUUGAUUUUGUUUCAGUAUCAAUAAAUUGUCUUUCUCUUGAGGAAAAAAAAAACA